AUGGUGACCAAUCGAAAUUCUUGUUGCAGGUAUACGUGUAUGCAAUGGGUGAUGAGGAAAGCAAAUCAAGUUUGGCAUUCAACAACUCUUGUGGUUGUGAGAUUUCCAGAGUUUAUCUGUCAACAUCUUCUUCAAACCAAGAAGUGUAAGACGUUAAUCCAGUUGGAGGAUGAGAGAAAUAUAGUUUUAGCGAUUUUGAAAGACAUAGCUCAAGAGACUGCUGCGAAACUGAUAUUGGCAAUGCGAGAACCUGCUCCCGAAAACCGUGACUUGGUGUUUGGCUAUGUCAGUGUGGUGCAGUUUGAAGAGUUUGCUGACAAGAAAACAAAGAGUUGA